GCUGAAAACCACGAGGAUGGUCGCAGCGCCAACUUGGCCUUUGCCGGGGAAUCGAAGGCUUUUGUGGACUUUGACAAGGGCCUCGCCACUGCAGAUGAGAUUGAGGAUCGUGUGUUGCAGCAUCGCGCGGCCACGGCGGGGAACAAGGCGGACACUCAGGAGGCCGAAGAACCUGAUGAUGUCACCGAUUCGGACGCGGCUAGCGCAGCCGACAUGGACAUGUCCUUCUCUUCAUUGACGCCCGCCCCGGCCGCAGCCCCACCUGUGCCAGCGAAUGCCAAGCGCGAGCCGGCCCGGAAGCGCAAGGAUCCUCCUCCGCAGAUUCCAGCCAAAACACUUGCUGUGCGCUCACGCUCUGCGUCCCCCUCAUCCGUGGCGUCCAGUCCUACCAGCAGUGGCCGUGGGAGAGACGUGGUUACCAAGCCCCACCCGGCGGCAACAACAACACCAACGGCCUCGACGCCGAAAGCUGUUGCAAAAGCUGAGAAGCUGAUGGGCAGCAAGGGCUUGGCUCUCACCCCUGCGAACCUAUGGGCGAACAAACCCAGGUCCCGUGCGAUAGAGCAAGCCUCGAAAGCCCUCGAGGAUGGCGGUAGUCAACUUCUUGGCAUCGAGGCUGCAACUGCGCAGGCCUUGAUGGCGGACAUGUUGCGCACUGCUGAACUAGCACCGCGAAUCAAUGAUUUGUUUAUCCGGCUGCGGAAGAACAGCAAGGAGUUCAUCCAUAACAUGAGCCCUGGCGACGUGGACGUGUGGGAUCAGAUAGGUGCCAAGACAAUGGAAACCAUUCUGACCACCCUGGCUAUGCAACUUCUCAAGGACCUUGAGCAGGACAGCCGUUUGUUUCUUGCAGUUGAUUGCCUGUAA